CCAUUUUCCAUGAAAGAAGAACAAAAAGUCUUUGCAUUAGAAUCAACAGGAAUAGCAUCAGAGUGGGCGUGAACUCUGUGUGAUUUAGCCACGCCUCUCUACUCUCUCAUUGGUUCGCUUUCGACGUCCAUCCUGUCGUGACGCUCUGUCUUCUGCCUGUGGAAGAUGUUAUGAAAACCGUGCAAUCGCAAAGAUGUAGUUCACAGGAUGCCGGCUGUUUAUUUCCCUAUUUACUAUUUCUGAAGGUUCGCAGGAGCAGCUGUAGUUGACGGCCUCAUGAGUGUGAUUCAGCUUCUCUUCAGGCUCCUGUGUGUCCUGGUCCUGGCCGGUUCUGGUUCUGGUCUUCAUGGCCAUAAUAACAGCGUGAGCCAUGAGUACUGUGUGCUGGGAGCUGGACCUGCAGGGCUCCAGAUGGGCUACUUUCUGUCCAGGAGCCAGAGAGAUUACAUCAUUCUAGAGCGAAACACAGGACCAGGCAGCUUCUUCCAAAUAUAUCCUCGCCACAGAAAGCUCAUCAGCAUUAACAAAAUAUACACGGGGAGGAGGAACAAGGAAUUCAACUUGCGUCAUGACUGGAACUCCCUGUUGAGUGACAGGCCCGACCUGCUGUUUCAGCGAAUAAGCCGAGAGCUCUACCCCAGUGCCGAUGACUUCCCACGUUACCUCUCGAUGUUUGUGAAGGAGCUGGGACUGAAGGUUAAAUAUGGAGCUGAUAUAGGGAGAAUCAAAGCGUCAGAUUUUAAUGGAAACCAUGGCUACAUUCUGACCGAUCAGAAUGGUGUCAUUUAUCAGUGCAGUGUCCUGUUGGUGUCCACUGGCCUUUGGGUUCCUCAGCAGGUGGAUUUUCUUGGCUCUGACCUGGUGGAGGGCUACGAGUCUAUUCCCACUGAUCCUGAGGAGUUUAAAGACCAGGCUGUGUUAAUCCUUGGCAAAGGAAACUCCGCCUUUGAGACGGCACAGAGCAUCUUGGGUAGAGCGAGCCGGAUUCACUUGUAUAGUCCUAGCCCUGUGCGACUCGCAUGGCAGACACACUAUGUUGGGGACCUCAGGGCAGUAAACAAUGAGCUAUUAGACACGUACCAGCUGAAAUCUCUAGACGGUCUUGUAGAGGGAAGACUGGAAGAUAUUGCCAUUGUCCGUAGAGAAAAAGAUGGAGGGAAGAGAAGAACAGCAAAGAAAAGAAGUAAAAAAUCAACGGAGGGAAAGGAGCAGCUGUAUUUAACUCUCACUGAACUUCUUGACCAGAAUGGCAACAACAUUUCAAAGGUCACUGGGCAAAAUCUGCCUAGUUACCACACUGAUAACUUCUCACUCAGACAGCCAUAUGACCGGGUGAUCCGAUGCCUGGGCUUUCGUUUUAACUUCUCCAUUUUUGAUGGAUCUGCACGGCCGCCCCAAAGCAGUGGUGCCCGAGGCCGGUUGCCAGAAAUAACAGCCUGGUAUGAAGGCAGAGGGACGCCCAACAUGUUUGUCCUGGGCACAGCAGCCCACUCCAGAGAUUAUCGUAUGUCUGCUGGUGGGUUUGUACAUGGAUUCCGCUACACUGUGCGUGCUGUUCAUAAAAUCCUGGAGCAGCGUUACCAUAACCUUGCCUGGCCUGCUACAAAAUUACCCAUCAGUCAGCUGCAGUCCUGGAUUCUUAGGAGAGUGAAUGAAGCCUCUGGACCGUACCAGAUGUUUGGGGUUCUCGGGGACAUUAUUCUACUGCGAGGGUCUUACUGUGAAUGUCUGGAGGAGUUUCCCCUGCAGGCCCUGCCCCAGCUGUCUGCUCUCUCUGGACGGCUCCUUACAGAUCAUGGUCUUCUGAUCUUGGUCAUGCAGUAUGGACUAAACCGGACUGAUACGCUAGGACCAGGUCGAGCUGAGUCAGAAUGGACCAAAGCCUGGAGGUCCAACUUCCUCCAUCCGGUCCUGUACUACUACAACACACUACCUACAGAGAAGGAUAUGAGACAGCGUCCAGUUGGCUGGCCACUACCACGACCUGAGGCCGUUCAUCACAUGGUUGAGGACUUCUUAACUGAAUGGGAUCAGCCCAUAUCACACAGCCAACCUCUCAGACGCUUCCUCGAGCACUGCCUCCAAACUGACCUCAGGGCCUUUUAUGCUGAAUCCUGUUUCCUUCUGUCCCUCACCAGUCGCACUCCACCCCUCUUCUGCCGUCAAGGUUAUUUAAGAAAGCAGGGCAUUGUGGGAAACAGCCAUCUAUGGCAACAUGCCCGUGAGGCAGGACUCAUGGCAGAUCAUCAGGGAGAUAUUACCCCCGGCGAUGACACAUCAGUAUCUGAAUACCUGAAACAUGCUGGCGCUGCAGUCGUUUCAACUAUGAAACUUUUGACCUUUGAGGGGCAUUAACAUUAACGGUACCAAAGACCAAAACUCUUCUGCUAAAAUUGUGUUCAUCUACCUCCCAUUUCUCAUGGAAUUUACCUUAUCAAUUCACCUGCAUUUCCAUAGAAAACAUCCCACAUCUAGCAUCCUGAAACUACGAUCAAACAUACAGUUAAGUUAAAUAAUAAGUAUUACCUUGCCAUAGUUUUUAUAAGCCAAAGUAUAACUUUAUAUACUGUUUUAUGGUGUUGGGUUUGGUGUUGAAAUACAAUGCAUAACUUAUUUUUUAUAAUAUUGUUAAAGGUAUAUAAGAAAAGUAUUUUUCUUGGGUUGACAUGCAUGUACUUUUAUUUAUAACUACAAUAAAGACAUCUAUAUCUCAAUAAUUAAUUU